CGUUUUAAAAGACACGAGUUUUACCCUGGCGUUUUGUACUGCUGUACGUGCCAUGCAUUUCACUUGUAAAGUGAAGCCAACGCAGUAAACGAAGUAAACGUUUUUGGGAAUAUCCAUGAUUGGUUUUCAUUAUUUCGCUGGCUUUUAAUAUCCGGAAGCAGUGUAGCAAACAGAACUCUUACGCGUUUUCUGUCAACAUGGCUGGAUGACAGAUUACCGUUAUUGUCAAUAACAGGACGAAUAUAACGAAGAGGUUUACAAUUAUACUUUCAGGCUUGCUAGUCGCAUCACGCCUGUUUUCCCGCUAGAAUGUUCACUUUUAAGAAAGCUAAACUAGCAGUGCUCGGGAUUGGACGGCGGUGCGUCGCGCUGAGGGCACUCGAUGGAGCGCGAGCGGCGCGCAGAGGGUUCGCGUCCUCAGAACGGGACGAGGAGCCCAGCGCGUCUGAAAACGAGCUCUUUGACGUUAUAAUAUCCGGCGGGGGAAUGGUGGGCACCGCUAUGGCAUGUUCUUUGGGUCUAGAUCCAAAUUUGGCAGGGAAGAAGAUUCUUCUCCUGGAAGCUGGUCAUAAAAAAGAGAUGCGCAAGGUUCCAGAGACCUACAGCACAAGGGUCAGCUCCAUCAGUCCAGGCUCAGCAACGCUUCUUAGUGGUCUUGGUGCUUGGGACCAUAUUGUAAACAUGAGAUGCAAACCAUAUAAUAAAAUGCAGGUUUGGGAUGCUUGUUCAGAUGCCCUGAUUACGUUUGAUAAGGAGAAUCUGCAGGACGAGAUGGCGUACAUCGUUGAGAACGACGUCAUUGUGGCCGCCCUCACCAAGCAGCUACAGACUCUCUCUGACCACGUUGAAGUCCAGUACCGAACAAAAGUGGUGAAGUACACCUGGCCCCAUCCUUACCAUGUCUCUGAGUCCAUCCCUUGGGUUCAGGUGACUCUAGCAAAUGGGAAGACCCUCCACACCAAGCUGUUGAUUGGUGCUGAUGGGCCAAACUCAAUGGUGCGGAGAGAGGCUGGCAUCCCGACAGUGAAAUGGAAUUAUGAUCAAUCAGCAGUUGUCGCUGUUCUACAUUUGUCCGAGCCCACAGAAAAUAACGUAGCCUGGCAGAGGUUCCUACCAACCGGACCCAUUGCAAUGCUUCCUUUGUCAGACACGGAGAGCUCGCUGGUCUGGUCCACCAGUCAUCAGCAUGCUGAAGAACUUCUACAGCUGGAUGAAGAGAGCUUUGUGGAUGCCAUUAACUCUGCAUUUUGGAGUAACGAGAACCAUUCUGAGCUUGUGGAGACUGCCGGCUCUCUGUUUCGGAUGGCCCUUUCUGUCCUGAUGCCUGACAGGGGCUCUGCACGUCAGCUUCCUCCUAGCGUUGCAGGUAUUGGUCCAAAGAGCCGGGUCAUGUUCCCGCUAGGCAUGGGCCAUGCCACAGAAUACAUCCGCCACAGAGUGGCCAUCAUUGGAGAUGCUGCACACAGAGUCCAUCCUUUAGCAGGCCAAGGUGCCAAUCUAGGCUUUGGUGAUGUGGCCUAUCUCACAAAAGUUCUUAGCCAAGCAGCAUAUAAUGGAAAAGACCUUGGAGCCAUGCAGCACUUGUUGGAGUUUGAGACUGAACGUCAGCGACACAAUCUUCCUAUGAUGGCAGCCGUUGAUCUCAUGAAGAGACUGUAUUCCACUAAUGCCGCCCCUAUGGUUCUGCUGAGAACCUUCGGCCUGCAGACUACCAACGCACUGCCUCCACUUAAAGAGCAGAUCAUGGCGUACGCCAGCAAGUAAACUGGAUCUCUAAUUUUAGAAGAUUUUGUUCAUGGAAUGUAUACGUGUAAAUUAAGAAAUUAUAUUUUAUUCCUCUGUCUUGGUGGGAAAACAUUUUUAUGCCAUGUUUCCAAUCACCCAUAUGAAAAUGUUACAUAAAAUAAAUAAAAGAUGUAACUCCUGA